GAGAAUAUUCUUAUCACUCAGAGUAUUAGAGGUUUACGAGGUGGAGGGUCUUUGUAUUCGUUUUCGAGUUCCAGGACUGGGUUUGAGAGAUCUUCGCCACAACACGGAUUGGGCGGACUUCUUUUACUGCAGCGAGUGGAAGGGUUGCGAGGAAGAGGUGUCUAUUAUUCGACUCUUCCGCGAUAUACCUACGAUCUCUCCUCCUCCGCGAGACGCUGCUAUUCGACGAUCACAAUGCGUCCUCCUCUCCGCAUCGCCGUCCUCGAAUGUGACGAACCUAUUGGGCGAACGAAAGAGAAAUAUGGAGGGUAUGGAAACUUGUUCCAUGAACUGUUAGAUCACAGUGCGAAACAUUUGAAAGCGAAAGAGGGGAAAGAAGUGGAAUUGGAUGUUACGAAGUAUGAUGUUGUGAGGCAUGAGGUUUAUCCGGAGUUGGAGGGUGUGGAUGCUGUGCUUUUGACGGGGAGUAAGUUCAACUCUUUUGACAAUGAUCCUUGGAUAUUGAAGUUGGUAGAAUUUACACGAAAGGUUUUGGCGCAAGAGCGGGUGAGGUUGAUCGGAGUGUGCUUUGGACAUCAAAUUAUUGGAAGAGCAAUGGAUGUUAAGGUCGAUCGAAGUGAUCGGGGGUGGGAGAUUAGUGUGAGUAAGGUGCAGUUGACGGAGAUCGGGAAGAGGUUGUUUGGAUUGGAGGAGAUGGCGAUUCACCAGAUGCAUCGCGAUAUCGUAUAUGAAUACCCGGAAGGAACUCAGCCAUUGGGACACUCUCCGAGAUGUGAUGUGCAGGGAAUGUAUACCAAGAACCGAGUCAUCACGGUCCAAGGACAUCCAGAGUUCAACGGCGAUAUUGUGUCCGAGCUGCUGGAUAGCCGACAUGAGAAGGGAAUAUUUGAUGAUGCCAUGUAUAAGGACGGUAUGGAUAGGGUGCGGCUGCAUCAUGAUGGAGUUACCAUUGGAGCCGCGUUCUUGAGGUUCUUGCUGGAAGAUUGAUGGGAUGUAGCUCAUUGCAUCUAUGCACGCAUUCAGCGCAUUGGUCGUGGCGAGGUGGUGGCGUGUUUUUGGUGGAAGCGUGGUCGGUUGCUAUGUGACAUUGCUGGCACUCGCUGGCACUCUUAUCAGAAGGGGGGGAAACUCGGCUGGUGGCUCGCGCAUUGAAACAAUGCAAUGGCUGCAGCCGCAGCUAAUUCUGCAUUGGAGAGACAGCUUCCAGAUAAACAUAGACCGUGGUCAGUGGUAGAGCAUGCAGCGCAGUUUCCCCACGCACCUCUGGCUCGAGCUAUGGCGUGACGGAGUGGCUCGUUGGCGA